CUUGAGAGUAGCCUUCCUCAACAUUAGCUUCUCUAACGUUAGCUUCUGGGCGUCGUCGGUUGUUUAUGCUUUAAAUCGGUGAAUUAUUCGGUUCUCAGUCACCGGAGAUCUGUCCGGUAACGAGUCUCACUUCCGGGAUGAUUCCUACCGAAGAUGCGUCCGCGAGGAAGAGAGAGAUAGAAGAUAAACUGAAACAGGAACAAGAGACUCUGUCGUUCAUCAGAGAGAAUCUGGAGAAGAGUGAUCAGCUGACCAAUGGCAUGGUCUCCAUCCUGUCCUCGUUCGAGAGCCGCCUGAUGCAGCUGGAGAACUCCAUCAUCCCCGUCCACAAGCAGACGGAGAACCUGCAGCGGCUGCAGGAGAACGUGGACAAGACGCUGUCCUGCAUGGACCACGUCAUCAGCUACUACCACGUGGCCAAAGACACGGACAGGAUCAUCAGGGAGGGACCGACGGGCCGACUGGACGAGUACCUGGCCUGUAUCGCCAAGAUCCAGAAAGCUGUGGAGUACUUCCAGGACAACAACCCCGACAGUCCGGAGCUCAACACAGUGAAAGCUCGUUUUGAGAAGGGCAAGGAGCUUCUGGAGGGCGAGUUCCGCAGCCUGCUGACCCGCUACAGCAAACCCGUCCCCCCCAUCCUCAUCCUGGACGCCAUCAGCGUGGACGAGGAGCUGGAGGUGCAGGAGGAGGUGCUGCUGGAACAUCUGCCUGAGGCCGUGCUCCAGGACAUCAUCUGCAUCGCCGGCUGGCUGGUGGAGUACGGACGCAACCAGGACUUCAUGAACGUCUACUUCCAGAUCCGGUCCAAUCAGCUCGAUCGAUCCAUCAAAGGCCUGAAGGAUCACUUCCGCAAGAACAGCGCCUCCUCGGGGAUCCUCUACUCCCCCGCCGUGCAGACCAAACGCAAGGACACGCCCACCAAGAAGGCGCCGAAGAGACCAGUCUUCAUCCCAGGGACCAUUCGAAAGGCUCAGAACCUUCUGAAACAGUACUCACAGCAUGGGCUGGAUGGGAAAAAGGGGGGCUCUAACCUCACUCCUCUGGAAGGUUACGAUCACGACCCGCGGGUCAAACAUCACAGUGACGCUCUGACCGAGAAGCACGGGGCCGCCGCAGGGAAAGACGACGUCCUGGACAUCGAGAUCGACUCGUACAUCCACUGCAUCAGCGCCUUCGUGAAGCUGGCGCAGAGCGAGUACGCCCUGCUGACGGAGAUCAUCCCCGAGCACCACCAGAAGAAGACCUUCGACUCCCUCAUCCAGGAGGCGCUGGACAACCUGAUGCUGGAGGGAGACAACAUCGUGUCGGCGGCUCGCAGAGCCAUCAUGCGUCACGACUACUCAGCCGUCCUCAGCAUCUUCCCCAUCCUCCGACACCUGAAGAUGAACAAGGCCGAGUUCGACUCCACGCUGCAGGGAACAGCUGCGAGCACCAAGAACAAGCUGCCCACGCUCAUCACGUCCAUGGAGACCAUCGGAGCCAAAGCUCUGGAGGAGUUCGCCGACAGCAUCAAGAACGACCCUGAUAAGGAGUACAACAUGCCCAAAGACGGGACCGUGCACGAGCUCACCAGCAACGCGAUCCUGUUCCUGCAGCAGCUGCUCGACUUCCACGAGACGGCCGGAGCCAUGUUGGCCUCACAAG